GGUGUUGGAGGAAUUGGUGGAAACACGAAAGGUUAUAGCGGAAGUAGAGGAAACACAAGUGAUGUUGGUGCAAGUGGCGAAGACAGAAAUGGUGAUGACGAGUGCAGAGGGGAGACAGGUCGUGUUGUCGGCAUCGGCGGAGACAAGGAAGGUGAUAGCGGAAGUAGAAUGCACACAAGUGGUGUUGGUGUAAGUGGCGAAGACAGAAAUGGUAAUGACGGGUGCAGAGGAGGAACGGGUUGUUUUUGCAGCGUUGGCGGAGACAAGGAAGGUGAUAGCGUAAGUAGAAUGGACACAAGUGAUGUUGGUGCAAGUGGCGAAGACAGAAAUGGUGAUCACGGGUGCAGAGGGGGGACAGGUCGUGUUGGCGGAGACAAGGAAGGUGAUGGUGAAAGUAGAAGGGACGCAAGUGCUGUUGGCAAUAAUGGGUGUGACACAAGUGGUGAUGGUAAAGGCAAAGAGGAUGAAGUUUAUGUUCUCAGAAUUGACGGGGAAACGGAACAAGUUGGCAGAAGUAAGGGGGAUGCAGUAAGUGAAGGUAUAUGUGGCGCGGACAAAAAUGACGAGCUACAGAAUGGAGUAGGAUCAGAAUACACAGGGCAAUUUUUAAACAACGAUGUGCUAGAAAGUAUCAUUACGAUUAGCUUAAAGACCUUUCCGUUUAUGAGAACAUCCCUACGAGGUGUGAAUACCUUCUUCAGAGAAACAGUAGACAAGAUGCCUUGCCCUACGGUAUACAUUCCAGAACUUGCAGAAAAAACAGUCGUCAUAAGCAUAAGGAAACUAGUAAUGCUGAAGGGGAGAUGCAGUAGUGCUGUUGAACGCUUUUGGGCAGUUAUUAAAUCCCCUAAAUGGUAUCAUGCAUGGGUGAGGUUAGUUCCU